AUGGCCCAUUGCGAGCGGGCAUCGAAGCCUUUGCUUCAAUGUCUUCGCAAUUCCUACACCAGAGGCCUUCCGGGCAUGCAACUGCAGGUCCGCGGCUUCCAGUCGACCGCGAGUGUUCCAGACGCCCAGUCUGAACCUAGUCAACCAUUCCACAAAUCUCCCGAUCCAUCCCUUGUCACAAGUCCUCGAUUGGAACGCCGAUUGAUGCGACAGGGUACGACACCAAUUGGAUCCCGCCGUCGUCGUGCUGCCCUGCAGAGCCCCGGUAGCCUCCCUUUCGAGCAACUACCAUAUCAAUGUUUCCAAGAAGCGCGAAAGGUCCUUCUUGGAGACCGAUCUCAGAAGUUGGAGGAGAUUGAGUCCAUGCGCCAGAAGAUUUCACGGUUAGAGGCACAGCCCAUCGAGGCAGGUGGAGAAAACUCACGAAAGUCUCGCCUGACUGCUAUGCAGUUGCAUCUUGAGGAGCUGAAGGUUUUGGCCGACAUUAAUGAUCCUCUGGUGAAACGAAAGUUCGAGGAUGGCCUAGGCGAUAUGAGCAAACCUAUCUACCGCUUCUUGGCUGACCGCAAAUGGCGCGAGUAUCGCCGAAAGAUCCUGGUGCAGCGCAUUACACAGAUGAAGGUUAUUCCCGACGUCCUGGCCCACUGUGAGCCCAUUCUUGACACAAAGCUUUACUUCGGAAAGCGACAAGUUGCGCCCGGUGACUAUGUCCUGGCAAAGGACAGCACAACCGCACCUAAACUAGACAUUCAAAUGUUUGACCGCGGCGAGAAGCUUGUUACAAUUGCCGUCAUCGAUCCCGAUGUCCCCAAUGUGGAGAGAGACGGCUUCGAUUUCAAGAUGCACUACUUCGCUGUCAAUGUUCCCAUCUCCGCCGUCGCCACGAAGGUCGACCUCUCCCAACUUUCCACAGACUCUCAAGUUGUUCUUCCUUGGGCCGCACCUGUAGCUCAGAAGGGUAGCCCUUACCAUCGACUUUCUCUCUUCAUUAUGGAGCAGAAGGACAACCAGCCCUUAGACUUUGCCGCGGUCAAGGCUAAGGAAACCGAGCGCGAGAACGUGCUCCUGCGCACUCUCCAGGCCCGAUACCACCUCAAGGCCAUUGGCGCUCACCUCUUCCGUAGCCAAUGGGAUGAAACCACCCAGGAGGUGAUGAAGGAAAUUGGCUUCAAGGAUGCAGAAUUCGAGCUGCGCCGGAAGAAGGUCGAGCCUCUUCCUUACAAGCGGAGAAAUCCCUCUUCCUUCCGGUAG